AUGGAGAAGCCCAGCCCAGGCGGAGGCACCACGGGGGGCACGUUCACCUCGAGCGUGCCCAAGAUCAUGGUGUUCCGUCCCACCUUGGAGGAGAUGCAGGACUUCUCCAAGUACCUAGAGCACAUGGAGUCCAUGGGGGCACACAAGGCCGGCCUGGCCAAGAUCAUCCCACCUAAGGAGUGGAUCUCACGCAAGGGUGGCUACGAUGACAUCGAGAUGGAUAUUCCAUCGCCCAUCUCGCAAGUGGUGUCGGGAGGCCAGGGCCUGUACCAGCAGUACAACAUCCAGAAAAAGUCCAUGACUGUCAAAGAAUUUCGGCGUGUGGCCCAAAGACCCGUCAACUACAUGGAUCACAAUGACCCGUCGCUAUAG